CAGUGGAAAUCACGACCGAGUGACGUGGCGGGGGAGAGAGGAGGUGGGUGAGGAGAGAAUGGGAGGGGAAACAGCUGCCACCUCGUCCAUUCCCAGUCCAGCCUGUGCCUCUUUACGCGCACACACUGGUGUUCGGUGCUGGUGGAGGUGGUGGUGGUGGUGGUGGUGGAGAAAUCAACAGGACAACAAAGGGACACACAGAGGAGACAGACAGAGAGAGGGGGGGGUCUCUCUCUGCAGGAUCCAGGACUGGAAUCACACUUCACCAUCAGCGACCAGCUCACUGAACUCUUUUCCUUCGUGUCUGCAGGGACACGCAGCAUCAGUCAGGCUGGAGGUGACCGUCAGAGAAGCGCUAAUCGCGCGUUUGGACAGCACGGCCGUUGUCGUGAGCCUCGGCAGCGAGAUGGAGUUGGAGCACUUCGACGAUCGGGACAAAGGUCAGCGGCACGGCCGCUCCAGUGCGCGGAUGAACGGGGUGGCGAGCCCGACGCACAGCGCCCACUGCAGCCUGUACCGGACCCGCACCCUGAAGACGCUGAGCGCGGAGAAGAGGGCCAUGAAGGUCCGCUUCUACCGCAACGGAGACCGCUACUUCAACGGGAUAGUGUACGCCAUCUCCGUGGACAGGUUCCGGACCUUUGACGCACUGCUGGCCGAUCUGACCCGCUCUCUGUCCGACAAUGUCAACCUGCCCCAGGGGGUCCGGACCAUCUACACCCUGGAUGGCUCCAAGAAGAUCGCCAGUGUUGAUCAACUUGUAGAAGGUGACAGUUACGUCUGCAGCUCCAUUGAAGCCUUCAAAAAGUUGGAUUACACAAAGAACGUGAACCCCAACUGGUCGGUGAACGUCAAGGCCGCGGCGGCGUCCUCCCGCGGCCCUCCAUCCUUGGGCAGCGCCAAGGCCAGCGGACCAGAGAACCGUGAAAACAAGGAGUUCAUACGUCCAAAGCUCGUGACAGUGGUGCGGAGCGGCGUGAAGCCCCGCAAAGCUGUGAGGAUCCUGCUGAACAAGAAAACCGCCCAUUCUUACGAACAGGUCCUCACCGACAUCACUGACGCCAUCAAGCUUGACUCCGGAAUAGUGAAGAAGAUCUACACACUGGAGGGGAAACUGGUGUCAUGUUUGCAGGACUUCUUCGGGGACGAAGACAUUUUUGUUGCGUGUGGACCGGAGAAGUACCGCUACCAGGAUGACCUGAUGCUGGACGAAGGCGAGUGUCGUGUGAUGAAGUCGGUGAACUACGGGAAGAUGUCCGGCUCUCUGACCAGAAGCUCCCCCAGAACCGUCGUCCAAACACGACGCAGCAAGUCUCCUGCAUCCUUGAACGGGACGCCGGCCAGUCAGCUCUCCACUCCUCAUUCGGGAAAAUCUCCCAGCCCCUCCCCGACCAGCCCGGGCAGCCUCAGCCAACGCCGGGAAAAGGACAAAGCUGUGACUGAGCAUAGGCCAACCACAUCUUAGAGUUGUUAGAAUACGAAGGAGCCACAACAUCCCAGCAUCUAUAAUGUCUCAGAAAGGGACGAGGUGUUGACCUUUGACCUCAUGCUGUGCUGCCAUGGGAGUCCAAGACUGGCAGGCUCAUGUUAAGACUCACUUAUGUUACAACUUUUAUGUUAAUUUGACUUAAAGGGCAAAUUCCCCCCCCCCCUUUCGUGCUGAUUCCCUGUCACAUUCCCACAAAUGCUGACGUAAAGGUCUUCGUGCAGAACUCUCUCUGCCUUUGGUAGCUCAACAGCGAAUUAUGCUAUCACUGACUUUUCCAUGUGACCCCAUCUGUCAGACGGCAGUUUGUCUGAUCUAAUCUGAUCUAGAGAUGAGGCCGACAAUUGGCUUUGUGCUUCAACCUUCAACCUUUUUAUUCUGCUUAAAAAAAAAAAAAAAGGGUUUGCAUCCCCUGUUAGCUACCAGGCAGCGCUUUUCUGCAUGUUGGCAUAAAGGUAAGACCCAAACAUUACUGAUCUUUUGAUCAGGGACGACUUUUUUUAUCACGUUGUGUCAUUUUGUACAUGUCCUAUUCUGUGAAGGUUUUAGAAAGACAGUUUUAUACUAGUAUAUUCGAUCAUUGCAGCCAGUUAUUGGCCUGGGUUUUAAAAACAUGUGUUGAAACGUCCAAACUCUAUUUUCUGUAGCGAACAGUGAGGAAAGGGUCUGAGAUGCAAACUCGCUUUGUGCACUGUAUAUCUUGUUGUCACUGUAAAAUACUGCUGUGCAGAGCAGGAGCAUGCAAGUGAACCGGAUAACCUUGAAUCUCACAUUAGAGAGGUUAAGUUCAUGUUCAGGGUGACGUCUGUGUGUUUGUGCGUUCGUUCAAGUAUGUGUUAAUCCAGUCCUUGACAGUGAUGGUGAGCUUUUAAUAUCAGCCUCAAUCCCAACAGCCGCUCUUUAAUUUGCAGGAGCCUCCUAAGCCCGUUGCUGAUCUAGAUCCCGCUCCAUCGUAAACAAACACUCACACGUUCGGUUCACGUCACACACACAUCAGAGCAGUGUGUGUGGACCAAAUGAAAACUCAGUAUGCGUAGAGUAUGAGUAUGUAAUUAUUUAGAUAUUUAUUGGUGCAGGCACAACACUUUUUUAGGGUAUAGAAAGCAAGAAAGUGGAGUGAUUGUAUAUUACUUUUGCACAGAAUUGAGUGCGUGUGGCUGUGUGUAUGAGUGACUAUACUAGAGCCACAGACACAACCAAAUAUAUAGAUCCUGAAUUAAGAAAAUAAACAUAUUUAUUUGACGUAUUUGACAUAAAUAUACAUCAUUUCUGCUUUGUUUAUUCUGUACAACAAAAGUUUUCCUAUCAGUGCGUAUCGACAAACAUAAACGCCGAUACCGUCUGUCUGAUCUGUCUGUUAAAAGGCUCAUAUCGGCCGAUAAAUUGGUCGGGCUCCACCAUGUACACUAAAAUCAGCGCGGUAUACAGAAUUCAUCUCUUGCUUCAGUCUCUUGCUCCAGUUGACGGUGGAGAGAUUGGCCCUCAGGCUUGUGAUGGGGUUGUAUUGAUGUGAUAUGAAGGUCAACCAUGGCAACAGGAAACAGAUCAAAUUGGGGCUGCGGGGACUGAGAGGAGGUCAAGGUGCAGUGGAGCUUCCACAGUCGUCUGCACAAAGGAAGUGGGUCAGCACAGAUCGAAUAGGAAGGAGGAUGGGAGGCGCACUCGUCUAUAAACUCGCUCUUUCUUUCUUUCCGUCGACUCGACGAGUAAAUAACUGUGGGACAGUUAAUUAUUUAAUAUAAUUAUUGUAUUAUAAUUAAGAUCAUUAUAAGUCAUCAGUUUCAGUUGCUCUGUUCUUUCCUCCCAGUCACAGUUUCAGAGUAAGAUUCUGGCUACCCAUGACGCACUGAGAAAUCACAUAUGUUUCCCCCUCCCUCUCCACAAUCAGCCACGCUGUUUGUCGUUCUGCUUCCACCCACUUUUCUCCAUCAAACCUUAACCUCCACAAAUCAGCCGCGUCGUGCAGUCCUGACCUCAGUGUAACGACAUUUAAAUUGUAGUUUUACACGACGAGCUGAGCGUGUGUGUUUCUCAAACAGAGAUUAUUCCAGGCUUUGCACUCACAGCCACUCCAUGCUAAGCCUGCACCGCUCUUGCCCGGAAAGAAGGAGAGGAAGCCUCGCAGCCCAUUAUCUCUCCCCUCCACUCUGCAGCUCCUGCCAUAUUACAGUGUCAUUCUCUCCCGCACUUCCUACUUUUCCCCUAAUCGUCUCGUUAGCGAUCCUCCCUCUUUCCUCGUCCUCCCCGACACUUUCUAAUUUCUCCCCCACCCAUCCCCCUUUCUCUCUCCCCCAUGUGAAAGAGUAUUAACUUCACAGGGAGAAAUUAUAUUCCACCAGUUCCCCUUGUAGAUUAAUUCUAAGCUUCUUUGAGCAGUAGGCGCCAAGUUCUCGACACUAUAAUUUCACAUUUCCUCUCCGUCUAUGUUCCCCUUAUCUGUAAACAUGCAGGAAUAAUCGUAGAGUACUCAAAGUCAAAUCCUGUAAUUGUUACGCUUACAAUGGCAAGUGAGUAUGUUCCUCGCCCGUGUGGCUAAAAUGCAUAACUCAACAUAACAAACCGUGACUCAGAAAUUACCCUUUUCUCUGGUUUAAAAAUAGCUCAAAUCUUUUUGCCAGUAAAGCUCUGAAAGCUUCCACAAACUAUUCACCAUGCAUGCAGCCUCAGUGACCCACUACGAGCAUUGCAUUUAGAACGUUCACCUCUCUGGACCCUGCAUUUAAACACUAACAGGCACUUUGCUGCCUGAAGUAGGUUGAUCGCUCGGUUCAGACCAUCACAGCCUAUUUCCCUGAGCAGAACAUACAGACCUAUAGCGUCUGCUUUUAUCUUUUCAUUUUCACACAUACGUAACUGCACGCAUAGAGAGGUGCACACUUGUAUGUUCGUGUUGGCUUCAGAAGAAACACUUUUAUACAUGCAAUUUCCAUUUCGUGCAGUUGCUGUUCGCUAGUAUGACCCAUUUUUAUGAAUUAGCAACAGGAGCAUGAUGGUUUACAUUCAUGAAGUCAUCCAGCCUCCCCCUCUUCCUUCUCCUUUGUACUUCUCACGGCCACUUGCUUCACUGAGAGCACUCCAGCUUUCCGUUUUCACGUCGCUGUAAUAUUUAUCAUCAACCCUAAAGACACACGCACCCACACAGACAAGAAAACUGUUUUCUGUUUCUGGUUUAAAGCUCGUAACAGAUGAAGUGGCCGAGCCGGCGAGGCCACAGCUCUUCCCUCUCUGUUAGAGAUGAGAGGAAAAAAAACCCAGACAGGAGAAUAAAUCAGAGCGGUGACCGACAGACUGAAGGCAAGACAAACAGAUGGUGUGUGACUCCAACACACAACUGAUUCAGUCAGGUGUCAGCUUGUGUGAGUGUGUGAGAGACAGAGAGAGCUAAUUGUUAGCUACAGUAUAUGUCACCUAUACCCUCCUCUCACCAUUGAGUCAUUCAUGUGCAUAAUCCAUUGAGUUGCAUGCUCCAUCUCUUUUUCUUAUCGUCCAUAUUUUGUGUUGGGUGAUUCAUGAUUAAAUUAUGUGAGUGUGUGUGUGUGUGUGUGAGAGAGAGAGAGAGAGAACGAGGGCAGACUGAGCCAGCAUGUGUGUAUUAUGAACUUGUGAAUUAUUGUCUCAUCUCAUCCAUGUGACUGUGUUGUUACUAAGGAUUGUAUUUGUUAUUUGUUGUGUUGUUGUCAUUAGAUGGUUUGUUCAUUUCUGUUCCUGUCGCUGCCAGAGAGACUGGCGGCAGCACGCGAAGGAAACUGGUGCACUGGCUUUAAAAAACAUUCCAACGUGGUUUCCUAUUUACAUAUUUUUUUUUAUCCCAUCUGAGAAUCUGUAACAUGAAGAUUUGCACUGCCAUGAAAGAUAUGUAAAUAUGAAAGGUAUCUGUGGCAAAUUCUCUUCAAUAAUCCGGUGCAUCAUCUGUGUGUUGUGAUUUUCUGAUGUGAGGCUGCCAGCUCUUCAUGGCUCAUUUGUUUCUGUUUGUAUUUUCCUUGUCUAAUGUAUUAAUUUCCAUUUGUUGAUGUCAAUUAAAUUCAUUGUCAUUUCAUUUUCA